GCUGGUUUCACCGGCUUUCAGUGCAACGAAAGGAUCGACAAAUGUUACAGUCAGCCGUGCAAGAACGGAGGAACAUGCUCCAUGCAACAGUCCGGAUCUUUCCAAUGUCAGUGUUCGUUCCCAUUCAGUGGGACCACGUGUGAGCUCAGUACGGAUGCCUGCCUUCCCAAUCCGUGUCUCCACUACGGCACGUGUAUCAGAGAUUCCAACGCUACUCCGAGUAGAUACAGAUGCAUUUGCAACGCUGGGUUUAUCGGUGAACGUUGUCAGGGUGACGUGUAUGCCUGCCUCUCCAACCCCUGUCAGAACGGGGCUACAUGCGUCGAAUGGACAAACGGGACAAACGGCUACUCGUGCACCUGCACCCCCAACUACUCCGGCAACCUCUGCAACGUGCCCUACUCCAACAACACUGCCCCCAGGACCACCCCACUGCCCGUGCUCUCCUGUCUCAGUUUCCCGUGCACCAACGGUGGAACCUGCUUCCCUAUCAAUAACAUCGCAUACAGCUGCACGUGUCCAACUGGAUGGAGCGGAUUGAGAUGUGAAGCAAACAUCAAUGAAUGCCUGCCAAACAAUCCUUGCAAUAACAACUUUGAAUGCACGGAUACUCCCGGUUCUUUUGAGUGCAAAUGUUUGAACGGGUGGUCUGGCAAGACCUUCCGUGUGGGGUGUGUGAGCGAUGAUGUCUGUUCAUCCAACCCGUGCGGUAACACCAGCAUAUGCAACGACGAGUGGGAUUCGUUCACGUGCACCUGCAAGAAUGGCUGGAUAGGUACUAAUUGUAACACCCUCUCAACCAAUUGUUCCAGCCAUAUGUGCACAAACCAGGCCAGCUGCAUUGAAAAGGCCGACAAAAGUGGUUAUACUUGCCAGUGUCCUUUCGGUUAUGCUGGAAAUUAUUGCGAGUUGGUUGCUGUCUCGUGCAAUUCAAGUCCCUGCCAAAAUUUUGGUUCAUGUCAAGUGUUACAGAAUGGGAGUUAUGCAUGUAACUGUUUGAUAGGCUGGACUGGCUCAAUGUGUGAAGUGAAUAUUCAGGAAUGCGCCAGCAAUCCGUGUUAUGUGGGAUCAAGCUGCAUCGAUCAGAUCGGUUCCUAUCAAUGUGAAUGCGUGCCAGGGAGAUCUGGAGUGAAUUGUGAAAUUGUAAACGCCUGCAGUUCUUAUCCAUGUUUGAAUAACGGUCUUUGUACGGAAGUUUCGCCAAGUUUGUUCUCAUGCCAAUGCAUGCAGUAUUAUUCUGGAUUGAGAUGUGAGAUUGCUUCUCCGUGCAUGAACAAUCCCUGUCAGAAUGGUGGGACGUGCACGGACAACAACGGGAGAGCACAAUGCAAAUGUCUCUCCCCGUUCGAGGGAGACACGUGCAUGUCUGUCAGUCCGUGCAGUCAAAAUUUUUGUCUCAAUGGUGGGAUAUGUGAUCUGGAGUCCCAAGAUGGGAAGACUAAUUAUAGGCUAGUUAUGUGUAACUUGCUAGUUCAAAUUUGUUUCAAUCGCGCCUGA